AUGUCUUAUUGCAUUUCGGCAACAAGAGUUCUUCUUAGAAGAACUUAUUCAACUUCAAGUCAAGCCGUGAAUACAAAAUUAUUUAUUAAUGGCCAAUUUAUGGAUUCCAACUCAAAGAAAUGGAUAGAUCUUCAUAAUCCAGCAAAUAAUGAACUGGUAACCAAAGUUCCAGAAUCAACUAAAGAAGAAAUGGAAUCUGCUGUCGAAUCAGCUUUAAAAGCAUUUUCAACAUGGUCUAAGACUUCUGUUUUAACAAGACAACAAAUAAUGUUUAAAUAUCAAAGCAUUAUCAAAGAUAAUAUUAAAAAAUUAGCAGAAAAUAUAGUAUUAGAACAGGGCAAAACGAUGGUUGAUGCUGAAGGGGAUGUGUUGCGAGGCCUUCAGGUUGUUGAACAUGCUUGCAGCAUUACCUCUCUUCAAAUGGGAGAGAGUCUUUCAGGCAUUUCAAAAGACAUGGAUAUUCAUUCAUAUAGAUUGCCAUUAGGAGUAGUUGCAGGAAUAGCACCAUUUAAUUUUCCAGCCAUGAUACCUUUGUGGAUGUUUCCAGUUGCUAUUGUAUGUGGCAAUACUUAUGUAAUGAAGCCUUCAGAAAGAGAUCCUGGUGCUUGCAUGCUUUUGAUUGAAAUGCUUCAGGAAGCAGGUUGUCCACCUGGAGUAGUUAAUGUAAUUCAUGGAGCCCAUGAUGCAGUAAAUUUUAUUUGUGAUCAUCCAAAAAUUAAAGCAGUAUCUUUUGUAGGAUCUACAACAGCUGGGCAAUAUAUUUACGAAAGGUCUGUGAAAAGCGGAAAACGAGUUCAGUGUAAUAUGGGAGCAAAAAAUCAUGGUGUUGUUAUGGUAGAUGCAAAUAAAGAGCACACAUUGAACCAGUUAGUAGGUGCAGCUUUCGGAGCAGCUGGUCAAAGAUGCAUGGCUCUUAGCACUGCUGUAUUUGUAGGAGAAGCACAAAAAUGGUUGCCAGAUUUGGUUGAGAGAGCUAAAGCAUUAAAAGUUAAUGCUGGCAAUUUUUAUAAUUUCUUAGGACACAUACCUGGAACUGACUUAGGUCCAGUAAUUACCCCUCAAAGUCAAAAAAGAAUUCAUGAUUUAAUUCAGUCUGGUAUUGAUGAAGGUGCCAAAUGCGUUUUAGAUGGUAGAAACAUUAAAGUCCAUGGCUUUGAAACUGGAAAUUUUGUCGGACCUACUAUUUUGACAGAUGUAAAGCCUUCAAUGAAAUGUUACAAGGAAGAAAUUUUCGGGCCUGUUCUUGUGGUUCUUUCUGUUGAUACUUUAGACGAAGCAAUAUCUUUAAUUAACGAUAACCCUUACGGAAAUGGAACUGCUAUUUUUACAACGAACGGUGCAACUGCAAGAAAAUUUACUCAAGAAAUAGACGUUGGACAAGUCGGUGUUAAUGUUCCAAUUCCGGUACCUUUACCAAUGUUUUCUUUUACCGGUAGUCGCGACAGUUUCAGAGGAGAUUUACAUUUCUACGGAAAACAGGGGAUAAAUUUUUAUACCCAAACAAAGACUGUGAUUCAAUUAUGGCGACAAUCAGAUGCUACUGAUGCUAAAGCUGCUGUAGCCAUGCCUGUUAUGCAAUAA